UUCCUUCCGGGCACCGCGAAGCCAGCGUGCUCAGCAUUCGGAGAAGCAGCGGCGCUCGCCUUCAUCCAGGACAACAAAACUGCCAUUUCCGAAGAGAAAGGAAAGCGCUCGCGGCUUCUGGGGUUCCCAGGCGCGCGCCUGCGAGGGAGGCCGCGAGCCGAGUCGCCACGCCCAGGACCCCGAGCCCGCCCCCGCGCCACCCAGCCCGGCCCCGCCGCCCCGGCUGCGCACGCGACGCCCCCUCCAGGCCCCGCUCCUGCGCCCUAUUUGGUCAUUCGGGGGGCAAGCGGCAGGAGGGGAGACGUGCGCGGCCGAAGGGGAAGCAGAGCCUGCGCCGGCUGCGCAGAGGAGCCGCUCUCGCCGCCGCCACCUCAGCUGGGAACCCACGAGGCCGCUGCAUCCUGCCCUCGGAACAAUGGGACUCGGCGCGCGAGGUGCUUGGGCCGCGCUGCUCUUGGGGACGCUGCAGGUGCUAGCGCUGCUGGGGGCCACCCAUGAAAGCGCACCCAUGGCGGCAUCUACAAACAUAGAGAAUUCUGGGCUUCCACACAACUCCAGUGCUAACUCAACAGAGACUCUCCAACAUGUGCCUUCUGACCAUACAAAUGAAACUUCCAACAGUACUGUGAAACCACCAACUUCAGUUGCCUCAAACUCCAGCAAUACAACAGUCACCACCAUGAAACCCACAGCAGCAUCUAAUACAACAACACCAGGGAUGGUCUCAACAAAUAUGACUUCUACCACCUUAAAGUCUACACCCAAAACAACAAGUGUUUCACAGUACACAUCUCAGAUAUCAACAUCCACCAUGACCAUAACCCACAAUAGUUCAGUGACAUCUGCUUCUUCAUCAGUAACAAUCACAACAACGAUGCAUUCUGAAGGAAAGAAAGGAUCAAAAUUUGAUACUGGGAGCUUUGUUGGUGGUAUUGUAUUAACGCUGGGAGUUUUAUCUAUUCUUUACAUUGGAUGCAAAAUGUAUUAUUCAAGAAGAGGCAUUCGGUAUAGAACCAUAGAUGAACAUGAUGCCAUCAUUUAAGGAAAUCCAUGGACCAAGGAGGGAAGACAGAUUGAUGCUGCCCUAUCAAUUAAUUUUGGUUUAUUAAUAGUUUAAAACAAUAUUCUCUUUUUGAAAAUAGUAUAAACAGGCCAUGCAUAUAAUGUACAGUGUAUUACAUAAAUAUGUAAAGAUUCUUCAAGGUAACAAGGGUUUGGGUUUUGAAAUAAACAUUUGGAUCUUUAUAGACCGUUAAUACAAUGGUUUUAGCAAGUUCAUAAUAAGACAAGUCCUAUCUGUUUUUUUUUUUUGGCUGGGGGUGGGGGGCAUUGGUCACAUACGACCAGUAAUUGAAAGACGUCAUCACUGAAAGACAGAAUGCCAUCUGGGCAUACAAAUAAGAAGUUUGUCACAGCACUCAGGAUUUUGGAUAUCUUUUGUAGCUCCCACAAAGAACUUCAGUGCUUUUCAGAGCUGGAUAUAUCCUAAUUACUAAUGCCACACAGAAAUUAUACAGUCAAGUAAACCAGAUACGAAGCAUAAUUUAAGAAAAACAUCAGCAUUUUUUGUGCUUUAAACUGUAGUAGUUGGUCUAGAAACAAAAUACUCCAAGAAAAAGAGAAAAUUUUCAAAUAAAAUCCAAAAUAAUAGCUGUGCUUAGCCCUGUUAGGGAUCCAUUGGAGCAUUAAGGAGCACAUAUUUUUAUUAACUUCUUUUGAGCUUUCAAUGUUGAUGUAAUUUUUGUUCUCUGUGUAAUUUAGGUAAACUGCAGUGUUUAACAUAAUAAUGUUUUAAAAGACUUAGUUGUCAGUAUUAAAUAAUCCUGGCAUUAUAGGAAAAAAACCUCCUAGAAGUUAGAUUAUUUGCUACUGUGAGAAUAUUGUCACCACUGGAAGUUACUUUAGUUCAUUUAAUUUUAUAUUUCAUGAAUAUUUUAAGAACUGUAGAGCUGCUUUCAAUAUCUAGAAAUUUUUAAUUGAGUGUAAACACACCUAACUUU